GACUAUGCUGAGAAGGAGAAAGCUUCAGCCAAGGCUCUGGAGGAUGUGAAGGCUAACUUCUACUGUGAACUAUGUGACAAGCAGUACCACAAACACCAGGAAUUUGACAACCACAUCAAUUCUUACGACCAUGCUCACAAACAGAGAUUGAAAGAUUUAAAACAAAGGGAAUUUGCUCGAAAUGUGGCUUCAAAGUCAUGGAAAGAUGAGAAGAAACAGGAAAAAGCACUCAAGCGGCUCCAUCAGCUUGCAGAGUUACGGAAGCAGUCAGAAUGCAUCACUGGCAGUGGACCAUUACUUAAAGCCCCUAGACCAGUCAUGGAAAAGCAGCAAUCGCCAGAUGGCAUUUUCCUGUACAAUGGCGGCAAGUUCACAGCCAGUUCUCAAAGAACAGCCAUGAGUGAUGGACAAGGUUUCUUUGGCAGCGUACUAGAGAAGCAGCAGCUUAUCAUAAGCAGGCACCAAUCCCUUCCUGAAAGACCCCAUACGCUUGGAAAUCAAGUCUCACAAGCAUUUCCAGAUAGCACCAAUACUUCUCAAAGGGCAGGAGUGUCUUUCUCAUUCUCUAAAAAAGUCCCUCUGAAGCUCGAGUCCUCGGCAUCAGUCUUCAGUGAGAACUCUGAAGAAGGAAAUGAUUGUAGUGAAGCCCCCAACCAUAAAACAAAGCAAGCUCUUGAAGGCUGUUUUUCUGGCACGCUGUUGGAGGAGGACAUGAAAGCAAACUUGGAUAAAGGGCCACCUAUUACACAAGACCAAAUGGGUUUGGAUAACAGUGCAUCAAGUCAUGUAGCUGCAAAAUCUAAAAUGCUGAAGGAAAAUGAUAAAAGUAGUGAUAGAGAAGUAGAAGAAAAGGCCAGUGCUCAACCUUCAUUUUCCAAAGUCAAAAUACAGCUUUCAAAUUUGGAUUUUUCUGGUUCGCUUAGAGAAACAGAGCAAGAGAGCAAAUUGAAUGAGUCUGAGCAAUUGUUAGAAACUCUCGAUUUACCUCCAUGCCAAGCUAGCAACUUUUGUACACAGCGGAAGAUCUACAAGCACAGCAAUGCCCACCUGCCUGACCAGUUACCUGAGCUCCCACAACAGCCAGAACCUCAGCUGGCAUGUGCAGGCAAUGCUAAUGACAGUUCUGGGGUGGUAGAAAGAGAAAGAUCUUUGGAGAGUUCAGAAACCACAAAUGGGAAUAUGGAAACACUUCCAAGGGAGACCAUGGUUAAAGAGGUUAAGCCCCAAGCGUUGCCUUUCCUCCAUGUAGUGAGCAAAGAUGGCACCACUGCUCUGCAGUGGCCCACAGAACUACUUUUGUUUACAAAAACUGAGCCCUGUAUUUCAUAUGGCUGUAAUCCAUUGUAUUUUGACUUCAGGCUCUCUUUAAAUCACAGAGAUGGUAAACAGCAUGAAACAAACAAAGAAAGCUGUAAAGAGCACUCUAUAAAUAAGACUGCAGAUGAAAAUGAAGCCUCAGGUUUAAUAAAACACAAGCAAAUGUCAAAUGAACAAGAUAAUCAGAUGUUGAAACCAAAGAAGAUGAAAGGUUCCCUAAAUCCAAGAAAGACCAAGCAAAAAGCUGAGUUUUGGAAAGAAAUGAAUGAAAAUGGUCCAAAAUGCAUUGCAGAUUAUUUGAAUGAAAAUACACCCAAAGUGCCUGUUUACCUUGAUGUCCCACAAAAGGAUUAUGUGACAGAAAAAAGUCUUCAUACAACACCACCAAGAAGACCUUUAAAGCAUCGUUUUCAUAGCUGUGAAAGAAAAAAACAGAACUAUAGAAAUGAAAGCAUUUCCUUUUCUGCUUUUAUGUCUAGGAUUAAAAAGUCUAAAGCUGCAAAAUGUCGCUUAAUUUAUUCCGAGGAAAAACAUGAAAAUCAAAAUGACUGCAGAUCCGUGCAAGAUGUGGUCAGCUGCAGCAGUGAUAUAAGUGACAGUGGCAAAGACUCUAGUGGAAGUUUCCUUAGUUAUAAAUCCAGUUCAAACAGCAGAUAUUCUGAAAAUGAAGGAUGUGGAAGUUACACGAGAUGCUGGAGAUUCUCAUCUCCUCAAAAGUCCUCCUCUGACAGACAUUCCAGCUAUUCUGACACUUCCUUUAGCAGUACGAGUAGCUACAUGAGCUACAUGAGUCCCCCAUUGAAAAAUCACGGCAGAAAUCAUUUACUUUUAUGUUGUAAAAGAAAAAGCAAGACAGCUGAAAGACACAAAUGUAAACACAGAAAGCACAAGCGUAUUUUCACUUCUGAUGAUACAGACGAGGAUUAUCUUUGUCGUAGCAGAAGUCACAGAACUAGAAACUGCACACAGAGGUGCACAAUUAAAUAUCAAAGAUGUUCAAGACACAAAGUUUUACAACACAGAGACAGAUCUAAACAUAGCAGAUGUAGACAACGGCGUUUUGGCAAAGUGCAUAGUAGAAGUAGAAGUUACCAUAGCUCCAGAAGUUGUUCCACCAGAGAUUCAAGAAGCAGCGAAAGAUCAUUUGGUAGCAGAAUAUCAAGAGGCAGCAGUUUGGGAUCCUUCUCAAAAGAGACUGACAACUGUGAUAAUAAAACAAAAGAGGACACAGAAAGAGGUUCUAACACUGAACCAAGAAAAGCUGAAACUGCACAUUGCGACUCUCUGAAUGCAAAUAGUCAGUCAAAAAACUUUGUCACCUGCCCUUCUGAAACCUUGGCAAAAGACGUGUGUGGAAAAAGAAAGUCACUGACAGCCAAAUUACUUUUAGAAAGAGUGCAGUCCAAGAAAACCCAAGAACAAAUGCACAAUUCAGAGAGAUUUUCAAAAGCUUGUGGGGUAGAAUUAAAGGAUGACUCGCGAAGUCACUUUCCUCUUCGUUUUUCAUCAUCGGUAGAUGACAUUGCAGUGUUACCUUUGCCAGAGAAACUGCUAAGCAUAGGUAAAAAUGACAUGGGGCAUAAUGAAAUCAGUUCAUUGGAAACCAGGGUGAAGAAAGACAACUUCGAAGCAUCAGAGAUAACUAAUGUUGCUCUUUCAACUGGCACUGAUUAUGAUCAUUGCCUUUUCAAAGACAUCAUUCAAAUAGGAACAGGCUAUCAGAACCCGAGCAUAAAAAGGAACACAGCAAUAAAGGAACAAUCCAAUCUCUUCAUUAGUGAAGUGCAACCCUUUAUACAAAGCUGUGACCCAGUACCAAAUGAUUUCCCUGGUGCUUUUCCCUCUAAUAGAUAUUCUGUUGUUGCUAAUUCAACAGAGACCAAAGAAGAAUUACAUGAUGUAAACAUGGACUCGAAGCGGGCAGAAGGCAGUUCAGACUCUCUUUGUGACAAUGCUAUGCAGAAGUACGAUGACACAGUAAAUGACUUGGAAGUGUACAGUAAAUCCACCUCCCCUCCUUUAACGCAGCAGCCUAUCACGUUUUCACCAGAGGAAGUAGACAAAUACAGGUUGCUGCAGCUGCAAGCCCAGCAACAUAUGCAGAAACAACUUCUGGCAAAACACCUGGCAGUUUUGCCUGCCCCAGGACCAGCUGCCUUCUCUGGAACACCAGCAGUUCCUGCCCUCCCCGUUCAGCAGCACUCUACUGUCACCACCAUCCACCACACGCUGCUGCAACGCUUUGCUGUCUCUGCAUCUGUGCAUCCCCACAGCAGCCACCUCUCCCUGGCACACCUCCACCCACUCUCACAGGCACAUUUCACCCCCAUAUCACUUUCCCCAUUGGCGCCAGCCCUCAUUCCCACCCAUCCCGCUUUGCUGACAGGACACCCAUUGCACUUGGUCUCCACCGCUCCCCUCCACCCUUCGCCACUGACCUUCCCCACACUGCCACACACUGCAUAUAUCCCAGCCUUAUUUACACCGCACCUGAAUGCAGCCAUGCCUUCUGCUAUACAUCCAAAUCCCUUAGUUCAUCCAUUAUUCCACGGGCAAGAGCUUCAUCAUCAUUCUUGCUCUAGCCAGACCCAACAGUUACCAACGAUAAAAGAAGUUUUCAGUGUUUCUAGCUAUUUAAACUAG